AGCUGUGCCUGCGGCGAGGUCAAGUUCGAGUAUGAGGGCGAACCAGCAGCCAAAGCGCAGCAUCAAUCAUCUGUCGAGCAAAGUCGUGGUGUUGGCGCCAUUCAAUCUCACCAAGCUGACUGUGCUUUUCAUUCAGGUACGACCAACUCAUAUAACUUGAUGAUCCCAAGCGACAAGUACAAGAUUCUCUCGGGCUCUCUCAGAACUUGGAGCAGGAAGGGAGACAGCGGCAAGAACAUCACAUACCACUACUGUCAGAACUGUCCUACCAUUCUUUACGUAACUGGUGAAGCCAUCACUGGUGUGAACAUCGUGAAGAUGGGUACUCUUGACGAUGAGGAUGUCUUUGACAACUUGGGAAAGCCUGGUCUCGAGAUCUACACCAAGAACCGUCCCAAGUGGUGCGAUGCCAUUCCUGGAGCUCAGCAGAAGGAGGGUGGUUCUGGCUCU